AUGGCUCCAUCUCUUAAGCGAAGCAGUAGGAAAGAUGCCAACGUCCUGCCGAGUGCAUCCUCAACUUUCUGGGCAGUCAUGAUCUUGGUUGGCCUUUUAAUUGCCUACUGCAGUCAGUUGGCUGCAGGUACAUGUGAAAUUGUUACAUUGGACAGAGAUAGCAGUCAGCCUCGAAGAACUAUAGCCCGACAAACAGCUCGUUGUGCAUGUAAAAAAGGACAGAUUGCCGGUACUACAAGGGCAAGACCAGCAUGUGUAGAUGCACGCAUUAUUAAAACAAAACAAUGGUGUGAAAUGCUUCCAUGUUUAGAAGGAGAAGGCUGUGAUUUGCUAAUCAAUAGAUCAGGCUGGACCUGUACACAACCUGGUGGGAGAAUAAAGACAACCACGGUCUCCUGACAAAUGCAGCAACGAAGAAAUCUUGUAGGAGUUUUUAGGCUUGGUGUGAGCUACAUUCCCUAAUCAAGUUUCACUGCUGUGGUUCAUCCAUUUUACAUCAUCAAUUCAACUGUCUAUUUCUCUGUAUUUCAUUGAAGAAGGCAUAAUUCUACAUUAUGAGCUAAAAGUCUGUUCUACCCUAUGAAAGAAAGUUGGACUAAGGAAUCAAGAUCUAAGAGAAAGGCUUGGGCGUUAGCAAUACAACAAACAAAACCACAAAGUUCACGGUUAAUAUUGCAUCUGAGUUAGUUCCACUGCUAGACUUGAUGUGUGGUUACAAUAAAAGUCAACUAAACUGAAGAGAACUCAUCCCAACCAGCCUUAGAGAAGACUGUUUUGUCUACAGAAGGACACUAAGGUAUUGAAGACAAUUUUUCUUGUGCCCUAGACUGCCUGAAUUGCUUUUAUUUUCUUAUGUUUCAGUAUAUACAAUAGACCAAAGAGCAAAAUCUAUUUUAAAGUGGACACGAUAUUACUGUGACCAAGAUUGUGUAGACUCAACAGUAUGGAGACCACCCUGUACAAAUUCAGUUCACUCUGUGAGGAAACGUUACUUUCCAGCAAAAGCCUUUACGGGACACUGCAGAAGAAGCUGGAGCUACUCUUGGGAAAAAGUACCCUAAAAAUCACAAGGGAACAUGGAGAGAUUAUGACCAAUCUGAAAGAAGAAAACAGAACUUUUGAUUCAGAACAAGACAAACUGUCUACGCACCGUUUUACUCUGUGCUUAGAUUGACUUAUCGUACUAAAAUCAUUCUAAGUUUAACCAGUUCAACAUGCCUCUUCUAUGGUUCCAUUCUUUGAUCGUUAAAAGUUGGAUAAUACAGUAUUUGCAAAGAGCAUGUUUGGUCAUCUGUGGCCUAUGUCUCAUCCGAUACAUUUAGCGCCAGAAAGCAAAUCCAGGGGGAAGGGGAGAGGGGAAAGUAACACUUGUUUGAAAGAGAUCAUUAAAUGUAUUUUGAAAAGCCUAAAGUUAUAUAUUUAACAGUUUUUAUAUGUUGUAUAUUUGUAGAAAAUCCUAUUUAACAAUUAACGUGGACGGUCAUGACAAAAAGGUUCAGAGUUGGGUUGUUGUUUUUAUUACUUCAGUUGUCUCUGAAGUGACUGAUGUAGUUUGCUUUCUUCCAUUGGGACAUUCUGGAUGUAAAGCAUGACCAGAGAGGAAUCUGUAGAGAAGCAAAGAAUAAUGGUGUUUAUAUUACAUAAAUGCAUUCAACCAUUGCACUGUUGGAAGGCUUUCUUUCUCUCUUCUCUUCCUCUUUCUUUUUUCUUUGUUUCUUUUCUUUUUGUUUUCUUUCUUUCCUUCCUUCCUCUUCUUUUUCCUUUUCCCCCUGGGAAGGGAGUGAUAGUCUUUUAAAUGCCAGCAAAACAGUGUAAAAUAGUUGAAUAGUAUUACUUUCCAUACUGAGUUGCAUUCUUUCUCUCUCUCUCUCUCCCCACCACGCCACCUCCUCCCCCUUUCCUAAUUUAGCUCCUUGAUCAAGACUUUUUUUUUUUUACAUCACGUUUUUGAAAACUCCCUUAUUCAAUAUUACGGUAGAAAAAAUGUUACAGGAAAGUGGUAUUUUAAAAAGGAAAAAAAAAAAGGAAAAGCAU